AGGAAAUGAUUGACGACAAUAGCAUGCAACUCGAUUGUGGCAAUAAAACAACAAAUGCACCUACCCCUGAGUGCAACGACAAUCAAACCAGCCCCCAAACGGACACGAGCAUCACCUCACAG